UAAAUACUGUGGAAAAACUUUCGUCAAACUAACUAAAAAAAAUUAGCUUGUCUUGAUAUUUCUUGGAGUAUUCAAUCCAUCAGAUAACAGAUAAGAUAUUUUAGGUUUUCCUAAGUUCAAGUUCAUCUGGAUCGGGAAGUCUAAUUUUAUUAGUAUAUUUCUCGUUUCCAUUAAAAAAUUGCUUCAUCAUGUCUUAUAAUAAUGCAAAUGGAAGCUACAAGCAGUUUCAUCGCUCAGAAUCAAUGCCAAGUACAAUUCAAAGGUUGGUUGAAAUGCUUGAUCAUGUUGAAGAACGUGUUGAAUUACUCAGAGAGCAUGCAUCAGCUUUGGAAAGUGAAAGGGAUGCUCUUUUACAGAUUAUAUCUACUGUUAAAUCCCAUAAAGAUCUGGAACAUAUAAGUGAGGGAGAAAAAGAAGAAAUUGAAAUCACAACUGAGAGACUACUUAACAGAACAUUAACUGUUGAAGUAAAUGUUAGCACACCGAGAAAUGAAUUUCAAGAGAAAGCCCUGAAUAAUGUCAACAAAUUGUAUGAUGAGUUAUUGGUUACUUUGAGAUCUGAUCUCAGUCAUUCAAAACAGAUUUUGCAACAAUAUAUUAAUGCUUGCCUGUCUGAUUGUAAAGGGUUAUUUAAUCAGAAGUUUCAAGCUGCUAUUUUAGAAUGUACAGCAGAUGACCAAAAACGAAUACGAAAGCGGCUUGAAGCCCUAAUGCAAUCUUUACCUAAUGUUUAAUGUUGUUAAGAGAAGUUAUUAUUAUUUUUUUUCUUUUAAUUGUCUGUCUGCUUCAUUUGCUGAAAAUAUUUACUCAUGCUCACCCUGCAAAGGCAUAAAAAGAAUCUUAAUAAUAUUCUUUUUCUUAAUUUAUAUACAUCAUUUUAAUAAAAAGGGAGGAUAAUGCUGCAUCAUAUUCAUUCAUUGCAGUAUUUGAACUAUUAAUAAGGUUUUGCGGUUUUAAAUACUUAUCUUUAUCUGUUUUUUUAGUUUUCAAUCAGAACUAUUCUGAUUUCUUUAAAUAUUUCUGAAAAUAUAUUUUAUAUUUGUUAUGAAAGAAUUUUUUUCUUUUUUUUUCUGUUUUUAGAAAAAAAAAACUUACGGAAAGUAAACUUUUUAGUGAAUUUUUAACCAUAAAACCUAAAUAAUAUUAAUUGUUAAAAUGUUAAGUAAUAUUUAACAAUAUUAAAUUAUAAAUAAUAUUUAUUGUAUUGUUAAGGUUUCAUGGUUUUAAAUUUCCAUCAUUAUCUGUUUGAUUUUCAAUCAGAGCUAUUCUAAUCUCUUAAUAUUUCCGAAAGUUUAUUUUACAUUAUUUGUUUGAAAGGAAUUUUUUUUCUUUCUGUUUUUUGAAAGAAGUAUUUAAAACUUCUAAAAAAAUGAGCUUUUUUUAGUAAAUUUUAACCAUAAAACCUAAAUUAUAUUUCCAGACCAUUGUUGUUUCCUUAUAAUAUCUUGUUGUGAAGUAAGUACAACUGAUGCAGUGCUCAAAAAUGAUGUGUGCAAAGACACUGCUUCUAGAAUGCUAUAAGUCAAAACCUUGUUUAUUCUUCUUCACUGUGUUUAAUUAAUUUUCUAUUUCAGAAUUUCAAAGCAGGUGUCUUGCACUGCACAUAAAUUUAUAGUUGAUGGAUUAAAUGCCAAAAUAUUAAUAAGAACUUUUCACUUGAUAGAGCUUUCUGAUGAUUUCCUACUUAAAACAAAUGUAAAAUUAUUUUUAUAUCGUAAAAGGAAGCAUUUUUUGACCGUAUUGUAUUUGGAGCUCGUUGACAUUUAAUAAUGCAUUGCCAAACAUCUCAUGAAAUUAGACUUUUAAAAUUCCCUAUUCACUAUAUAUCAUUCUUUUACCAAUAGAAAACUUAUUAUAAGAAUAUGUAAAAUUUUAUAUUCUGUGUCCAUCCGGAGAAAUUAGGAUGAGGUGAAUGUUCCAUCUCUAAUGCAUAUCGCACCAUUUCUGAUUUUUUUGCAUUUAUUGAGUGCCACUAUUCCUCUAACAUGAUUUGAUUGUAAAUUUUAUGCAUAAGCUAUACUGGCAUGUAUCAUAUCAUAUGUUAUCAUCUUUCAUCUGUUGUAAUAGUAAUUAUUGUGCGAGAAGAAUUUUAAAAAAAUUAAUUGCAUACUGUUAUAUUCCUUAUUAUUAAUUGCAAAUUAUUUUUUUAGUCUAUUAAAUUUCUAAUAAUUAAAUUUAAAAAAUGUGUUUACAACAAAAGAUAUGCUGUUGAGAGAAUGAAUUAUGAAAUUCACAGCUGAACCAUAAGAAGUUCAGCUGCGGAUUUUUGAAAUCUUGAAUUUUGAUCUUAUAAAAUAUUUUUUGAACAAGGAAGUAAAUAUAUUCUUAAUUUCAAAACAUUCAGUUAAAAGAAUAUUAUAGUACUAAAUAUGUUGUAUGGUGCUAUAUACUUCUGUGUUAUAAUAUAAAUAUUUUAAGUGCUAAGCUCUAUGACAUAAUGACUUAGUGAUACGAUUAUUAACAACUCAUUUCGAAUUGUUUUUUCAAGAUAUUAUAGACAGAAUUGGAAUGCUAUGUUUUUAUAAAAUUAAUUAUUGCAUUAUAAAGAGUUGUCUGGUAUGCAAAGGAAUGUAUUUGUUCGAUUUUAUAUUAGAAAUUGCUUUCUAAAAAGGAGAACUAGAUUCUUGAAAUGGUAAUCAAUUGCUAAUUGUGUUACUGUUUCCAAGAGGUAACUUCUUCAAAUUGUUAUUCAUAGUUGAGAAAUCAUCCCCAUCAUCUUACUGAAAGGUACUUAAGAAUGUUGAAGAAUCUUGAGAAAAAAAAAUAGGACUCUUAGAAUAACAUCAUAAAUCAAAUGUCUAUAACCUAAUGAUUAGAAAAAUAUGGUGAUGUAUGUGCACUUUUUUUAUAUAUAUAUAAAUAAUAUUUCUUGCUAGAAAGGCAAAAAGGUUGUUGUAAGAAAUUGAUUAAGAAGCUAUAUUUUUGCAAUUAAUAAAAAUAAAAAUAGUUAUUCUAAAUAGACUUAAAAUGAUAAAAUGUAUACUUUGUAAAUGAAAUUUAAUAAAACGUUUUUUAAAAAGAUCAUUUUAAAUAAGGAUAAGUCCCUUAAUUUUUUAAGCCAUGUGAGGAAACUGUAAAACUGUUUUAUAUACCAUCUUCUUGGGAUGAUGGUCCCAACAUUUUAAGUCUGAUUUUUUUAAAUUAAAAAAUUUUCUUUGAAGCCAAGCUUUAGUACCUGAACUUUUUAUUUUCAAAUCUGUGUUAGUUGAACUCAAUGACUUAUCUAUUCUAUGGAAAAUAUUAUUUUAUUACUCAAUUAUUAUAUUUGAAUUUUUAUUAUUAACAUACAAAAAUAUUUCAAAAUUUAUUUUGUAUUUCCAAUACUUCAACCAUACCAUACACAAAAUUUCAUUUUAGAGUUUGAUAACCUCUUAAUUAUUUCUGUAGUUUUGAAGAGGAAAAAACUGAUCAUUUCAAAUAAUAAUGCUUUAUCUUCUUGAUGAUCUUGUUAAAUUGAAGAGAAAACAGGAAAAAGCCACAUGUGGAAAUGCUUCUAUUUCAUUUAAAAAGCUUACUAGUGUAUAGUUUUUUUAAUCAAAUAAAAAUUAUGAAUUUUCAUCUAAUGUAUUUUUUAGACUUCAAAAUAAAUUAACUCAAAGUUAUCAUAAAAUUCCUCCCCAUCAAAUCUGUGUUCGAAAAUUUACAUUGCUUCAUCAUCAGAAUUUCUCUGUUCAUUAUUAUGAGAAAGAAAGAAGGGUUUUUGAUAAAGGUAGAUUGUGAACUGUGAUAUUUGUUUGUAUUUUGUCCUAUGUUCUUUUUUUAACAUCAAUUUACUAAAUUGUUGGUAUUUAUAGAGCAAUUUUAUUGAUUCAAUAGGCUGUGAUAUAGUUUUGAAUUAAUAUAUAUUUAUAUAGACUAACUGGGAUAUUUUCAAUUAUUCAUUAUUUUAUCUUAAACCAUCUUAUUUAAUAUGAAUAUUUAAAAAAAAUUAAGUAAUGCAAAAUGCUAUUACACAGUUUCCUACUUAUAUUUAUGAUUAUUUUUAAUAGCAUAACAGUCGAGUAGAUUCUAUUUAUAUGGUUAAUUAUUAUUGUUUUAUGACAUAAUUCUAUCCAAAAUGAUUUGUGUAAUUGAUGUUUAUUAUGAAUUGUUUUUAAACAUGAAAAUUAAAACAUAUUGUGCCUGCAUUAUAAUUUAAAACCAAAAGACAGGUUUAUUAUUGAAAUAUUUUUAACAAUUGUAUUAUUUUAAAAUGACAAAAAUAAAGAAAAUUAAGGUAUAAAAUUUAAAAAGAUUUUUGUUUUAACUUUAAUGAAUACACUGUAUUGAAAGGAAAUAUUCAAAAGAUCAAAGUCUAAAUAAUAGUUUUUGAGAACUAAAAAUCUAAAAGUUUCUGGGCAAAUUAUGAAAAUACUUUUUAUGUAUUACUUUUUACUUAAUUAACCGCUAAAGGGACAAUAGCUCGUAUUUAAGUUUUUCUUUAAAUCUUUUUAGUGGAAGGAAGAGAAGAAUAAAUUAUUGUGGGUUUUUGUAAUUCUCUGAAUUGCUCGUAAAUAAAUAAAUAGACAAGAUAACAAUGAUUUUUUUAACGUUAAAAAAUUCAGAAAACAGUUUCUGAAAAUUAUCUUUUUAUUUUAGAAAAGUCGACUUUCUUUUAUUUGUGAAACUUGAUUUUUUUACUCUCGGUUCUUAACUUCAAUUUACAAAUCAUUUUGUCAAUUAUAAAUGAUUGUGCCUUGAAAAUAUGGAGACUGAUUGACAUUUUGGAAAUAUAAAUUUGAUGUACUGUCAUUAAGAUAAAAUAUCAAAUUAUAGUUUUGUGGUAUUAUAUAAUAAGGAAACUUGCCAUGUUUCCAAACUGCCAUAAUCAACUUUUUUUUUUUUUUCAACUUUGUUUCAUAGUGUAAUAAAGUUAUUUUGUCUUUUA